AUGUCAGCAUCAAGCCUUGUUUCAGGGAGCGCGAGAGAAGACGUUCCCAUGAUCCUGACAGGUCUCGAGAUAGAGACAGGCGCAGAAGGUCAAGGUCUCGUUCACGUGAUCGCGAUCGACGUCGUAGUCACUCGCGUGACCGACAUCGUCGCGAUGAGCGCGAUAGACGUGAUAGGGACAGAGACGAUCGCGAUCGACGACACCGACACUGAGUGA